UAUUAAAUGCGAUUAAUAAUGCUGAAAUACCAGAAAAAAUGAAAGUAUGUUUGAUCAGUCGCUUAUCAUUAGAAUUAAACAAACUAUCUACAAAGCAAUUAAUCAAAUUUAUAAAUAUGUGUAAAAAAGACAUAGAGGAAUCAAAUGAAAACUGUGUUCAGAGCUGGAAAGAAUUGUUUCCUCAUAUUUUAAAAAUAGUAUCGGAAAUCAAACUAAUAAGAACUGAGGAAUUAGAAAUGACAGGUGCUGAUUACAAAGAAAUGAUCAUUACUGACAUUUGUCGUUUCAAAGUUCAACCCAACAUCUCAGUAGCUCUUGCACUGAUGUUUAGAGGAACACUAUUAACCGAGAAAGAACAUGAACUAGUGAUCAAAACAUUAUGCUCUUACUUCGGUCAAAUGAAACCUCUUGAAAUCCCACCUAUUCUUCAACAGAUAUUACAUUUUUGUUCAAGUGGAGAUUUUUUAACUCUUUUUUGUACACUUCAAAAGUAUUUUGACGAUAAGUACCAUUUAGAUCAAAGUAAUGAUGAAAACUAUGCACUUGAAAUAGAAACCUCUGAGAAAAAAGAAUUUUUAGAAGCUGAAAGUACAGUAUUAUUUCUUUUAGAAGACUUUGCUAAGGUGCAUUCUUCAUUUGUUAAUGAUAUAACUAAGUACAUAAAAAAUAGCAUUGGUGCUCCUAACAUGGUUUUUGGUCCAUUCAUGUUAUCAUUUUUACUAACCAUGUCUUGCUGUGCACCUUUUGAAGUUAAUGUUAUUGAUUUGGUAAAAAAACUUGUAGUGCAGUCAUUAGUAGAAGUAGAAAAUACUCAACGCUCAUAUUGGUUAAAACUCAAUUACACAGAUAUUUAUGAUGUUUACACACAAUUUCAAGUCUUUAUAAAAAGCGAAAUAUCAAGUUAUGAAAAAAUAUUUAAAGGUCUUGUCAAUUUGGGAUUAUCAUUUCUUGGAACUACUUCYUCUGUAUUUAAAA